AUGGCACAAACAGACAGAAAUCAGCAGAACGGAUCCUCCAUCGAUGCCAUGCUACGAGGUCUAACAGACCGUCCGAAUGUACAAUCGACCUUGAUACUUUCCAGAAGAGAUGGUUCCAUCAUCAGAGCUACCGGUUUUGAUGCAGCAGAGAAACAAAAUAACGCAGGAGGUUACCAAUGGUCUGCCACACAAACCAAGACACCCGUCCAACCAGAGGUCGAGGUUCAGCCUGGGGGAGACGGAGCCGCCGACGGCAAGUUGCAGCUUGUAGAGGUGCUUGCCUCGUCCAUCUUUCAGUUCGUCAACAACGCCGGUUUUCUGGCCACGACUCUAGGUACCACGUCCCGUCAGAUAUUGGGUGCACAAAACACCAACUUCGCCUCAGGAGAGUCUGAAAACAAGGACGGGGCCGCCACCGAAGACGAGAUCGAUAACAAGGCAGAUGAAGAUGAAGUACAGUUGCUCAGGCUUCGGACGAAACAUCAGGAGAUCAUUGUCUUCCCUGAUCCAAACUACAUCUGCUGCGUUGUUCAGCGAAUGGGCAAAGCAGGACACACUGAUAAGAGAAGAUGA